GGAUUUUUGUGAGUCGUGAAAAAAACUUUGUUCUGUCUUGGGAUUCGAGUGCAUUAAGAAAGACGAGACAUCACGUAAUAUUUCUUCUGGUUUUGGAAUCAGACUUGGAAGCAGUCAUAUAAAUUUCUCUUCAUAUCCUCUGCCGUCUCUGCCAGGCAACUUCUCAGCGCGACCUUCGUCAUCGUUAGCAAACUUCAAGAAGAGUCAUACUCUACUGCCUUCAGGACUCAGACUUGAACCACCUAAACCUCAACCUCACGACAACGUCACAACAUAUCUCAUCGCCAGGAAGACCAACAACUUCUCAUCCUGACAGAUAGUCAUAUACUUCAUACAACAAUGAAUCCAUCCUGCGACUCUAUGGCACAAAGCGAUAAACUGCAGCAGUCCGUUUCUAUAUCUUCAGAACAACCGCCACAAACACCGACAUUCGACAAGCCGCCAGCCUACCACAUGGUUGUUGAUCCAAAUGCACCGAUACCAAACAUGCGCAGCCCGUACGACCCAGAGGACGAGGACGACGAGAAUGAAGACGAUGACAUACCAGAAAUCAUCGUUAACGCCUCAACUCAGAUUCGAGGAAGUGGAAACAUCAUCUCCGUAGCACAGAUAGACAGCGUACGGAUAGCAAGUCUCCUGGCCGCUAUACUAGAUGGGGAGCAGCCAACGAACGCUACGAGCCUGCACCAGAGUCCAUCGUCAACACCAAGAGGGAGGGGAAGAACAACGAAGCAGUCCCUCAAAAUGAACAUCACUAUCAACUGCGGUGCGACUAUAAUAGGCGAUCGAAAUAUCGUCGGCCCUGGCCUUGGCGAUAUCGCGAGACAGAUGCAAUUGGCGCAACGGAAUCAGACGGCAUCUAUGCAGCAGCAGAGCCAGAAUCAAGGACAGGCAUCGAAGAGUGCGGUAGCCCCCACACCACCAUCGAGUCGAAGUCCGAGCGUGCCGAGCGGGGUUCCUGGAGGUGUAAAGAGGAGGUCUGAUUCAGAUGCGGAGGAGAGCGUUGGGAAAAGACAAUGUUGACAAGAGUUCUGAUGAUGUUAGGUGUUGUUUGACGGCUUGAUGCUAGUUCAUCUCAGUGUAUAUGUCGGUGUUUUAUGAGCUGUUGGUUUUAGCGUAUAUGCUCAGUGAGGCAUCAUGAAGGUAAUGAGUUACAUCAGUGUGUUCUGUCUUGUAUGUCAGUGUUGUUUCGAUCGAUCAAGACUAUUAGUAAUAGCACAUGAAGGUAGAAGGUGCGGAGGGUAGGCACAGUAUAAUGACUAGCAUUCCAACA